GCAGGAAUAUCUGGAGGAGUAUCAUCUGAACUGAGAUCUGCUGCUGUGAAGAUGGAGUUUGUUAAAGAAGAGAGUGAAGAGAACACGAGUGGACCAGAAACCUGGAGAAUAAAACACGAGGAACCAGAAACCUGGAGAAUAAAACACGAGGAACCAGAAACAUGGAGAAUAAAACACGUGGAACCAGAAACCAGGAGAAUAAAACCCGAGGAACCAGAAACCUGGAGAAUAAAAAACGAGGAACCAGAAACCUGGAGAAUAAAACACGUGGAACCAGAAACCAGGAGAAUAAAAAACGAGGAACCAGAAACAUGGAGAAUAAAACACGUGGAACCAGAAACCUGGAGAAUAAAACACGAGGAACCAGAAACCUGGAGAAUAAAAAACGAGGAACCAGAAACAUGGAGAAUAAAACACGUGGAACCAGAAACAUGGAGAAUAAAACACGUGGAACCAGAAACCUGGAGAAUAAAACACGAGGAACCAGAAACCUGGAGAAUAAAACACGUGGAACCAGAAACCUGGAGAAUAAAACACGUGGAACCAGAAACCUGGAGAAUAAAACACGAGGAACCAGAAACCUGGAGAAUAAAAAACGAGGAACCAGAAACAUGGAGAAUAAAACACGAGGAACCAGAAACCUGGAGAAUAAAAAACGAGGAACCAGAAACCUGGAGAAUAAAACACGUGGAACCAGAAACCAGGAGAAUAAAACACGAAGAGCCAGAAACCAGGAGAAUAAAACAAGAGGAACCAGAAACCUGGAGAAUAAAAAACGAGGAACCAGAAACCUGGAGAAUAAAAGACGAGGAACCAGAAACCUGGAGAAUAAAAGACGAGGAACCAGAAACCUGGAGAAUAAAAAACGAGGAACCAGAAACCUGGAGAAUAAAAGACGAGGAACCAGAAACCUGGAGAAUAAAACACGAGGAGCCAGAAACCAGGAGAAUAAAACACGAGGAACCAGAAACCUGGAGAAUAAAAAACGAGGAACCAGAAACCUGGAGAAUAAAAGACGAGGAACCAGAAACCUGGAGAAUAAAACACGAGGAGCCAGAAACCAGGAGAAUAAAACACGAGGAACCAGAAACCGGGAGAAUAAAACACGAGGAACCAGAAACCGGGAGAAUAAAACACGAGGAGCCAGAAACCAGGAGAAUAAAACACGAGGAACCAGAAACCGGGAGAAUAAAACACGAGGAACCAGAAACUGGGAGAAUAAAACCAGGGAACCAUAAACUGGGAGAAUAAAACACGAGGAACCAGAAACCAGGAGAAUAAAAGACGAGGAACCAGAAACCUGGAAAAUAGAACACGAGAAACCAGAAACAUGGAAAAUAGAACACGAGGAACCAGAAACAUGGAAAAUAGAACACGAGAAACCAGAAACAUGGAAAAUAGAACACGAAGAACCAGAAAUCCAGAAACUACAACACAAGGAACCAGAAACCGGGAGAAUAAAACAGGAGGAACAAGGAGGUCUGAUGAAAAACAAAGAAGAAAGACGAGAUACGAAAGAGGUGGAAGAGAUGUAUCAGGAUCAGAAAGAUCAUGAUGUCAAUGGAGAAAAAUCAUUGAGUUGCAGCAUUAAAAAAACAGAAGUCAAACGGCCUUUCAGCUGCUCUCAGUGUGAAAAGAGUUUCACACGUAAGGGAUACCUUAAUACUCACAUGUUAAUUCAUGCUGGAAUAAAGCCUUUCACCUGUCCACAGUGUGGAAAGAGUUUCAUAAGUAAAGGAAUCCUGAGGGAUCACAUGUUAAUCCAUACUGGGAUCAAGUCUUUCAGCUGCUCUCAUUGUGGAAAGAGUUUUAUACAGAAAAAUCGACUUAAAAAUCAUUUGGUAAGUCACACUUCAGAAAAACCUUUCUCCUGCUCUCAGUGUGGAAAGAGUUUUAAAAAAAAGUCAAACAUUAGUAGGCACAUGUUAAUUCAUACUGGGAUAAAGUCAUUCAGCUGCUCUCAGUGUAGAAAGACUUUUACACAGAAAUCAAGCCUUAAGGAUCACAUGUUAAUUCAUGCUGGGAUAAAGUCUUUCAGCUGCUCUCAGUGUGGAAAGAGUUUUACACAUAAAUCAUACCUUAGGAGGCACAUGCUAAUUCAUACUGGGAUCAAGUCUUUCAGCUGCUCUCAGUGUGGAAAGAGUUUUACAGAGAAAAGUCAACUUAAAAAACAUUUGGUAACACACACUUCAGAAAAACCUUUCUCCUGCUCUCAAUGUGGAAAGAGUUUUAUAAAUAAAUCAAUCCUUAAGAGGCACAUGUUAGUUCAUACUGGGAUAAAGUCUUUCAGCUGCUCUCAGUGUGGAAAUACUUUUACACAUAAAUCAAGCCUAAAGGAUCACAUGUUAAUUCAUGCUGGAAUAAAGCCUUUCUGCUGCUCUCAAUGUGGAAAGAGUUUUAUAAAUAAAUCAAACCUUAAUAGGCACAUGUUAGUUCAUACUGGGAUGAACUCUUUCAGCUGCUCUCAGUGUGGGAAGAAUUUCAGACACAAAGGACAACUUAAUAUUCAUUUGGUAACUCACUCUUCAUAAAAGCCUUUCUCCUGCUUUCAGUGUGAAAAGAGUUUUACUCAAAAAGAAGAACUUAUGGCUUGUUUCCACUGAGCUGUACAGUACAGUCCAUUACAAUUUGGUACGGGCAACCCUGAUCAGACUUGUGUUUCCACUGCCAGUACUACCUUUACUUGGUAGAUGUGGUGUAUGCCUGAAAGUAGCGAAUGACAAUGAACCGCAACAAUAGGCACAACUCUGCCUCUUUUUGUUGUUGAUCGAAUAAAACAAUUUUUGUUAAAUGUCAGUUUUAAUGACCAAUAAUAGCCAUUAUAAAAGGAUAAGUACAGCUUAUAAAAAAGUUCAAAUUAAGUAAAGUGUAAGACCUCGGUGAACAAGCAACAGCACAAGAACAAACUGCACAAGUGGCUUCUUCUGCCAAUGGAAUUAAAAGAGCCUAUUUUCUCCCAUCUGCGAUCUGAACACCAUUAAUGGUUAAAUAAAGGGGAACAAUUGUCUGGACAGGAAACGAAUGGCUAAAAACCUAUGUCAGAAAAUGUCCACAACAGAGGACGUCCGUUCCAAAAUCAAAAAAACUAAUCAUGAGCUAAUCACGUGAUGUCGACAUCCUGAGACAGUUUCCUGUCAGCUGUGCUGCUAUCUCCUAAAAAGGAGGUGAUUUAAUUAACUCUGAUCACAAGAUCCACACCUGCAGGAAUCAUCAAUAAUCAAUGAACCACAACAAAGGGAACAUACAGCGUGUCCCAUGACUUGUGACUUGCUUGUGAAUUUUUCAAUAAAUAAUCUCAAAAGGACAACCAUUGAGGAAUCUGAAGGUUUAACUGUAUUCACAAAUAAUAUGUUUUAUGUUUUAUAUUUGUUUGAUGUGUUCAAAUGUAAUUGGUGCAACUUUGACCAAUGUUUUAUUGGUUUUAGCAGAUAGUGCUAUUAAAUGUAAGAUAUGGAAAGUUUAGUGUUAAACGAAAGCUCACAUUAUUUGCUUAAACUUGGAGUGAAUGAAAUGUCCAAACUCUGUAUUGUGUGCAAUGCAUAUUAUGACACUUUAUAAGAUAUUAACCAAAGAUCCACAAUGGCGAUGUCGCAUUAUGUUGAAUCAGUGUACAAAGAGAAACAGUACGGGGUGUGUUUAAUGCUGGGUACACACCAAAAGAUUUUUUUACAUCUUAUAUUCAAAAUAUGAAAGACCACAA